AUGUCUUCUCUGUUCUUCUUUGUGGCUGUCAUCCUCCUGGUCAAUUCCUCCUCGGCGAUCUCUCCAGCUCCUGAGGUCGAUUUAGUGUCCUCCACCGACUGUCCAUCCUGCUCUCUGUCUCUAAUGAAGAGGAACAUCUCUUCAUCAGGGGGAGAGAGUGACGUGGUCGAGGUGGUAAAGCGUCACAUUCUCAACAUGCUGCACCUGAGCAACAGACCCAACCUUACGCAGCCGGUCCCUCGCGCCGCACUGCUCAACGCCAUCAAGAAGCUGCACGUGGGCCACGUGAGCAAAGACGGCAGCAUUGAGAUCCAGGAGGAGGGCUGGGUCCCUGGGGCUCCAACACCACCUGAACCACCGUCAGAAAUCAUCAUCUUUGCAGAGCCUGGUGACUCUCAGAACAUGAUGACCUUUGACAUCUCGAAGGAGGGCAGUGGCUCAGUGGUAGUGGAACAGGCCAAUGUCUGGAUCUUUCUGAAAAUGUCAAAGGGAAACCGAUUAAAGCGCAAAGUGUUGCUGCGGCUGCUACAGCAUGAGCAUGACAAUGAUAAGGAGCAGGAAUGUGUUUCAGAGAAGAUGGUGGACACCCGUCGCAGCGGCUGGCACACCCUCCCCAUCCCUCACAGCGUUCAGGACCUGUUGGAUGGCGGAAGCAGCUCACUCAGCCUGAAGGUUUCCUGUCCGCUUUGUGUGGAGGCUGGAGUUUCACAUGUCCUGAUGCCUCCCAACAGCGAGCGAGCAGGAGGUCGAGAUCAGUCUCAUCGACCAUUCCUCAUGGUGGCUCUCCGAGCUCAGGAGGAGAAGAUGCAGCGACGAGUCAAACGUAGUUUGGAGUGUGAUGGAAAAAUACGCGUCUGCUGUAAAAGACAGUUUUAUGUAAACUUCAAAGACAUUGGCUGGAACGACUGGAUUAUUGCUCCAUCAGGUUAUCAUGCCAACUACUGUGAGGGCGACUGUCCGAACCACAUGGUGAGCCUUAGCAGCUCAUCGCUCUCCUUCCACUCAACGGUCAUCAAUCAUUAUCGCAUGAGAGGCUUUGGCCCGUUUCAAAAUAUCAAGUCCUGCUGCGUGCCAAUGAGGCUGCGCGCUAUGUCGAUGCUUUACUACAACGAAGAGCAAAAAAUCAUCAAGAAAGAUAUUCAGAACAUGAUUGUGGACGAAUGCGGCUGCUCGUAA